AUGUCCACUCCUGCCCAACUUUUGGCCAUGAAACAUGCUGCUGAAGCAAAUGAUGCCCAAGUUUCAUCCGAGACCACUUUGAAUUCUGCACCUGCCGAAUCCAUUGACACUCCGGAAUUGCCAUCUCUUGCUGGAAUUGCCUCGUCGACCGCUGAUUCGUCCGUUUCUGCCGAUUCGCUUGGUUCUUCAGCAGAUGCUUUGCAAUCUUUGACUCCUACCACUGCCGAGAGCAUUACAGAAACUCCUAAAAAGCAGACGGCCAACAAGUCCAAGAAGAAGCAUGUCUUUAACAUGGAUGACGAUAAGGCCUUCCCAACACUUGGUGCUGCUUUGGGUGAAUCCAGCACUCCAUCUGUCUGGGCAAAUGCUUUAUCUGCCUCGCAGUCAAGCGCCAAAAGUGGCAGCUAUGCUGAGGCUGCAGCCUCGGCAGUGCCAUCGUUCCACCCUGCUGUUAAAUCGUCAAAUACCCAGACGACUUUCAUUAUUGAUUCCGAUCAGCAGGUUGAUGUGCCAAAGGCAGACAUUUUCAACAUCUUUUCUCGGAUUAAGAAGCUCUAUAAUGUCAGUGUCGAGUCUACUCUGUCGACUGCCACGAACAAGCGCACGUUCUUGCUCUCAGGCCCUGCAUCUUCGAUUCAGACUGCCAAGCGUGAGGUUCUGAAGAGACUUACCAAGCCUGUUACUGUCAAGUUCACGAUUCCAUCAUCUGUGCGAUCUGCCGUUAUUGGCUCCCAGGGAAGUCACUUGAAGCCAAUCAUCAACGAUACCAGGACCAAGAUCGACAUCGAGCGUGAGAUUGCCGGUACAGAUGCCGAAGAGCCGGCAGACGAUGAUGAGAUCUUCGGUAAGAUGCUUUCUGUUUCCAUUCAAGGUGACAUUGCAGGCUGUGAGGAGGCCAAGGCUAGAAUCUUGAGCAUCGUGAACGAAAACACCAAGAAUUUGUCAAUUCGGGUGGAUGUCGAUCGUGAUCUCAAGCCUUUCCUUCCCUCAGCAUUCAAGACAUUGAGCUUCUCGGAUGCUGUAGAUGUGACAUACCCGGAUCCGGAGACCAAGUCCUGCAAUGUUCUUCUUUCAGGCCCGAGGGAUGAUGUCAUUGAUGCCAGAACGCAGAUCAGAAACUCUCUUGCCACGUUGACUGAGAAUAUCGUGACUGAGGAGCGCACAAUUCCAAAGAGGGUGCAUCCACUUUUGGACUCUGGCAAGAUCUUUGAUGCCACUAAUGUGUUGAUCGGUCUUCCAUCGGAUGACUCCGACUCCGAGCUCGUUCGCUUUACUGGACUCAAGCAGCAAAUCCCUGCUGCCGUCACUUUCGCAAAGGAGUUGUGUGCAGACUACUUUGUUGAUUCUUUGGAUUUGGCACGUUCGCACGGCGGUGAUGCCCCACAUGCCAAGUGCUUAACGGCAUACUUCAUAUACACAAAGUACUUUGACCAACUAUCCACCAAGUACGAUGUGUUGAUCCACACACCAACUUAUGCCUCGCUUGCCAAGGAUGAUGUUAAGACCGCAAUUGUGACUUUCACCUGCCACAAGGAGAAGAAGGAUAUCCUCAAGAAAGUUCGGAAGGAGGUCGUCGAUGCCGUCAAUAAGAUCACGCCAAACUUGGUCCGUGUCGUGACUGACAUCGAUUUGUUCAUCUUUGGAAAGCUUGAUGACAGCAAGGCCAUCGAGAACGGAGUGUCUAUCGUUCCGUUGGGAAAGCUUGCUGGCUUUGGCAACAAGCUCGUUCUGAUUUUGCAGCAGAGCGAUGACGAAUUUCUUCCCUCCGGCAAAGAGAUCCAGGAGAGACUGGAUGCUGCAGACUCGUCUCUCGAUAACUUGAGGGAGCUUUCCAAGGAAGUUGUCAGCAAGACAAUAUCUGUGGAUGGCAGUGAUCAGGCCCACUUGGAAGGCAAGACACUGUCUGUCCUUCUCAGUAAGUUUGAGCCAGGCUCUGUUGAGAUCAAGCUUCACCAGAAUGCGGAUGGGCCAUCAGCAGACGAAGUUUUCCUACAUGGAAUGAAGUCCAGUAUUGAAAAUGCCGUUAAUGACAUUGCCCAGGCCAUUGAGGAUGUCAAGAACUAUGAGGAGGCCUGUAAGUACAAUGUCUCGAUCGAUUGCCCAAGAAAGCUUCUUUCCAGGCUUAUCGGCCGUAACGGCAAGCACUUGAACCAGCUCAGGGAGCAGUUCGAUGUGAAGGUUGAUGUUCUUGAAGACGGUGAAAGGGAAAAGUCCAAGGAUGAGAGUGCUGAUUCCAACGAGACCUCACCUGUGCGUAUCACGGGACUCAAGACCAACGCCGAUGAAUGCGUCAAGAAUAUCGAGAGCCUUUUGAAGGCCUGGGGUGACGAGAAGAGAGUUGUCAUGAAGAUCGAGCCUAAAUACCACAGCCGUCUUAUUGGACCGGGUGGUGCCUACGUGCAUAAGCUGCAGGAUAGAUACAAGGUCAUAGUUAGAUUCCCACACGAGAGUGAAAAGGGCCAUGAUGAUGAAGUCGUCAUUCGCGGCCCUUCGAGGGGUGUUGCUAAAGCUGAGGAGGAGAUGAAAGAGCUUCUUGAGUAUGAGCGUGAGAAUGGAUACUCUGAAACCAUCAAAGUUCCUGCUUCCUGUCUUUCGAGAAUCAUUGGUAAGAAUGGUGAGCACAUUAAGGACAUUUCUGCCGAGGCCGAGGUCUCCAUCAACAGUAGGAAGGGCGAUCAUGCCCAGAACGGGGAAAAGGAAGAGGCAGAGUUCGAGAUUAGGGGCUCCAAGUCAGGCAUUAAGAAGGCUAAGGAGGCAAUUCAGGAGUUCGUGGCUCAUCUUGAGAACCAGACCUCUGUUGUUGUCAAAGUUAACCCACAGUACUUUGGAUAUCUCGUUGGACCUCGGGGUUCCACGAAGAGACAGAUCAUAUUGAAGGCAGGAGGUUCUGACGAGUCCGUGUACGAGUUCAAAAAGUACAUGCAGAUCCCAAAUAAGGAUUCCAGCUCUGAUGAGAUUGUCUGUGCCGGUGAUAAGAAGGUUGUCGAUAAGAUAGUUAAGGAGAUCAACAGGCUGAUCGGCGAGCGUGAGAGGGUCGUUGUAGAAAGCGUUCCAGUUCCAAAGAAAAAGCGUGGUUUAUUGAUUGGUCCUGGUGGCUCCACGAGGAGGGCUUUGGAAAAUGAAUUAAAGGUCAAAAUCAGAGUUCCUAGGGCUGAUUCUGAAUCUGAGGAGAUUACUGUGGAGGGCUUGCCUGAAAAUAUACAAAAGGCCAAGGAGAAGAUAGUUAAGCUUGUCGAAUGA